UAGCUUUGUUGAAGAGCCGAGAGGAUAGGUAUCGAGAAAUAUGACAUCAAUAGGCAACAAAAGGAAGAGACUUGAGAGCUCGAAUUGUAGUAGCCAUGUAACGGGACACCAUUACUACAGUGAAACGGUGGAGGACCAUUCUUCCUACACUGACCAUCAAACGGGUAAGUUGGAAAACAAACAAAUGGAAAACAAGUUCCAAGAUAAAGAGGACAACGUUUACUAUCAACCAAGCCCAAGCAUUGCAAUACCAGGUCAGUUGGAACCUCAGCCAGAGGCCAACAACAAUUCUUUCCCUGCUUACAAUUCUUUCCCUGAAACGAUGCCGGACAAUCCUAUCUCCGCUGACAAUCAAACAACCCCAAGCUAUACAAUAGAAUCUUAUGGGAUGGAAUCUCACCCACGGGACAAGCCAGCAAUGAAAGGUAGAGGCUUGGUUCCAAAGCGGUUGAAUUUCAGUGAUGAGGUAAUAAAGGUAAGUUUUGACGGGAAAGAUGGAGAGUAUGUUCUGAAGCUGACGACUGGUGAUAAGAAAGAGAAUGCAAUGGAAGAGCAGGCACAAGCUGCAGCUAUGCUGUUGUCUCAAGCAGCAAUGCUUCGCAGAUUAGGAGAAACACUGCUUUCCAAUCUUGAAGCACAGUUUGAACCUCAGUUUUUCAAUAGUUUGAAGAUGAAAGAACCAACGGAAUAAAAUACCACCGCAGAAUCAAAGUACAAGUACCUCUGUUUUAUUUCAAUAAUCUCCAAGGCAUUGCUCAAGUGCCUAUUGAAAAACACAAAAGACUCUGUUUUACUAUUAAUUUCUUCCGUUAUUUUCAAUUUGUCAAGAAGUAUCUAGCUUCUACUGUAUAAGUGAGACGGUCCUCCACUCACUUUAUGAAGUUAAUUGUAUUGAAUUUCCUGAGUUACGUACGUGGUUACUGUUAGAUAAUAAA